AGGCUUGCUCGGUCCCUGCUCUUUGUGAGGGGAGAAGGAGAGACAUGGCUGAGAGUGGAAACCGGGAGCGGUUUGGGGCGCUUCGCAAAGUUCUCCAGCCCCGAGAGCCGGCGAUGUGCCUGCCAAAGGCUGGGGGCCGUCCGUCUGGUCCUGCCCGACGCUGUUCCAGCCCGCGAGCUCUGGGAAAGGGGUCGCUGAACUAACUCCAAGCUGGUGUGCAAAGUGUCCGCGCAGCUGCCGGCCCAGGAGCUGGAGUGGCCAUGGCGGCCGGAGUCGCAGCCUGGCUGCCCUUUGCCCGGGCUGCGGCCAUCGGGUGGAUGCCGGUGGCCAACUGCCCCAUGCCGCUCGCCCCGGCCGACAAGAACAAGCGGCAGGAUGAACUGAUCGUGCUCAACGUGAGCGGGCGGAGGUUCCAGACCUGGAGGACCACGCUGGAGCGCUACCCGGACACGCUGCUGGGCAGCACGGAGAAGGAGUUCUUCUUCAACGAGGACACCAAGGAGUACUUCUUCGACCGCGACCCGGAGGUGUUCCGCUGCGUGCUCAACUUCUACCGCACCGGCAAGCUGCACUACCCGCGCUACGAGUGCAUCUCCGCCUACGACGACGAGCUGGCCUUCUACGGCAUCCUGCCCGAGAUCAUCGGCGACUGCUGUUACGAGGAGUACAAGGACCGCAAGAGGGAGAACGCCGAGCGGCUCAUGGACGACAACGACUCGGAGAACAACCAGGAGUCCAUGCCCUCGCUCAGCUUCCGCCAGACCAUGUGGCGGGCCUUCGAGAACCCGCACACCAGCACCAUGGCCCUGGUCUUCUACUACGUGACUGGCUUCUUCAUCGCCGUCUCGGUCAUCACCAACGUGGUGGAGACGGUGCCGUGCGGCACGGUGCCGGGCAGCAAGGAGCUGCCGUGCGGGGAGCGCUACUCGGUGGCCUUCUUCUGCCUGGACACGGCCUGCGUCAUGAUCUUCACCGUGGAGUACCUGCUCCGGCUCUUCGCGGCGCCCAGCCGCUACCGCUUCAUCCGCAGCGUGAUGAGCAUCAUUGACGUGGUGGCCAUCAUGCCCUACUACAUCGGCCUGGUCAUGACCGACAACGAGGACGUGUCCGGGGCCUUUGUCACGCUGCGCGUCUUCCGCGUCUUCCGGAUCUUCAAGUUCUCCCGCCACUCCCAGGGCUUGCGGAUCCUGGGCUACACGCUGAAGAGCUGUGCCUCUGAGCUCGGCUUUCUGCUCUUCUCCCUCACCAUGGCCAUCAUCAUCUUCGCCACUGUGAUGUUUUAUGCCGAGAAGGGCUCCUCGGCCAGCAAGUUCACGAGCAUCCCUGCCUCUUUUUGGUACACCAUUGUCACCAUGACCACACUGGGAUAUGGAGACAUGGUGCCCAAGACAAUUGCAGGGAAGAUCUUCGGCUCCAUCUGCUCCCUGAGUGGCGUCCUGGUCAUUGCCCUGCCAGUUCCUGUGAUUGUUUCCAACUUUAGCCGGAUUUACCACCAGAAUCAGAGAGCAGAUAAACGCAGGGCACAGAAGAAGGCCCGCCUUGCCAGGAUCCGUGUGGCCAAAACGGGCAGCUCCAAUGCCUACCUGCACAGCAAGCGCAACGGGCUCCUCAACGAGGCGCUGGAGCUGACGGGCACCCCAGAAGAGGAGCACAUGGGUAAGACCACGUCGCUCAUCGAGAGCCAGCACCAUCACCUGCUGCACUGCCUGGAAAAAACCACUGGGUUGUCCUAUCUUGUGGAUGAUCCCCUGUUAUCUGUACGAACCUCCACCGUCAAGAACCAUGAGUUUAUCGAUGAGCAGAUGUUUGAGCAGAACUGCAUGGAGAGUUCAAUGCAGAACUACCCAUCCACGAGGAGUCCCUCACUGUCCAGCCACCCAGGCCUCACCACCACCUGCUGCUCCCGUCGUAGUAAGAAGACCACACACCUGCCCAGUUCCAACCUGCCAGCCACCCGCCUGCGCAGCAUGCAGGAGCUCAGCACGCUCCACAUCCAGGGCAGCGAGCAGCCCUCCCUCACUACCAGUCGCUCCAGCCUUAAUUUGAAAGCAGACGACGGACUGAGACCAAACUGCAAAACAUCCCAGAUCACCACAGCCAUCAUCAGCAUCCCCACUCCCCCAGCGCUAACCCCAGAGGGGGAAAGUCGGCCACCCCCUGCCAGCCCAGGCCCCAAUACGAACAUUCCUUCCAUAGCCAGCAAUGUUGUCAAGGUCUCCGCCUUGUAAAACCACUGGACAAAGGGCCAGAGCGGUAGUGGGGAGUGGAGGGGGCUGGCAUGUUGGUGGGUGGCCACUGGGACCACCCCCUCCCCCUUACCCCACUAUUUCUGCCUGCCCCAUUAUACCCCUAGCACUGAGACUUGUGCCUGGAAGGAACAGGAGGCAGCAAAGGGGCACCUGAGGUUCACGCUGCUGGCGUGGACACAGCCCUGUGGCACCGCAUCUCACUGGGGCCAGAGGAGGGGAGGGAGGGAGGUGGGGCUGGGCUGGUGGGGGGUAUAGGCUGUGUGCCAGGACAGGGCCUGGAGAAGGGAGCCUCAGACCAAAUAACAGUCGUUUUCGGAGACCCCAGUGAGGACAAUAUAAGACCAAGAGCAGCACAGAGGCCAAGCUGUCACUUGCAAAACAGGAAGAAAAUAUAACACUGUGUAUUUAAGCACCUUUUUCAAGGCUCUUAAUGGAUAAUAUUUAUUCAUGGGAAAAGGUGGAAAACAAAAACACCAACAGAUUUUUGUGAAAUGUUUUUCUUCAUGGACCCAACACCUUUGAACCAAAACAAUGCAUUUUGUGAGGGCUUUUUUUUUUUUCUUUUCUUUUCCUCCUUUUAUAGCAAAAGCUUUUAGGCUAAGAAGUCAGUUAUGGCUGAGUUCUCUCUCCAUUCCCCCAGGUGGGUGAGGUCAACUGAGCCUGGGCCCCCACUGCCCAGCUGACCUGCGCAGAGCUGCCAAGUGACCACACACCAGUCCUUUCCCUCUGUCUGUCCCUGUCUCCGUCUCUGUGCCUCUCCGCUUACUCCCUGGCUGUUUCUGUGUCCAGCCGUCUGUCUCUACAUGGGUCCCAGUGAUCCUGAGACAUGUUAGUAAAGCCUUCUCACUGCCAAGCACUGCGGACUUGUGCUGGGAGUUAUAUUUGUGUGAAGCAAUUGUGGAAGAGGAAAGAAUGGAGUGAAAAAUGGGGAGAUGAGAGGUAGGGAAGUUUACCUUAGAGAACAAAGGUGCUUCCCUUGUGGUUGGAACCACUUGUGUUUGCAGUUUCAGUUUCUGGGGAAGAAAGGGAAUGACCAGAUUUAUCACACUGGGAUCGUGAAACAGGAAAUAGCCAACACCCGAGGAGCAGCCAACUCUGGUGUGUGCCAGUGAGGAGAGAACGGAAGAUCCCAGGGCCCCGCGGCGGCAGUCGGGCUCCGUGGCACCUCGCUAUGUACCCUUCUUUCAGGACCCACCGCAAAGCCCAUCCAGAGCUCUGCCACGAGGCCCCAUGAGCGGUUUCCUCCAGAGAGGGCAGUGGUACGGGGACUGAGGCAGCUCCCACAUGGAGGCUGUGGGAGGUUAAGCCUGCGUGCCUCGUGAAGGUUGCUCCACAGCGUGAAAGCAAGCGCGAGAUUCUAGAUGGUUCUCACCUGGUAUGAAAGAUGCCUUGAGAUCUGAGGAGUCUUCAGGCCUGGUCCUCCCUGAAGAUAGCUGAAACGGGGGAGAAGCCUGAUCACCUCUGUGCAAGUGAGAGAGCGAAGAUUAUCUCCUGAAAAACCUGGACAACAUAUCUGUUCAAGGGGCUUGCACCCUGGUGGGGCUGGGAACGGCGUUUCUGGAAUCCUAACCAUUGUUCACUGCAUUAGGCAGAGCAGGUGGGCUUCGGGGUUAGUGACAAGCCCCUUCCCACCCUCUCCGGUUCCAGGCUACCCUACUGCAGGCUCUGUAGCCUGGGCUCUGAAACACUUGAGCUCCUUGGAAGCUCCUUAUCCAUCCUACAGCUGCUUAGUGGUUAGCUGUUUAAUUGUAGGCCAAGAAUUUCUCUGCCCACCACGGUCAUCUAAAUGAGUUUCACUAGCCAGGACCCUAAAAACACUGUUUCUGGGCUUCCCUAUGACCCCAGCUCGAUUGACCCUGUAGGCAGGGAAAGUCAGCAGGUUUUGAGGUGGCACCUUAGCAGAGGUGGGCAGCAGGCAGAGGAGAGGGAGCCUUUCUUUCUACGUCUCCUUACGCUUACCUCCCUGACCACGGACUGAGUUCUUUCUCUGGGUCUUGCUUCAAGGAUUGCCCGUUAAUGUGGGAAUGGAGCGGUUCUUGUCCUCUGAGCUUAUGGUCUAAGAAGGCAGAAAAGCUCACAACAACAGAGGAAUAUGUGUGUGCACACACACAAAACCAACCUAAACACAUCGGGGACUACUUACUCACAUCCAUUCAUUUCAUACACACGCCUCACACAGAAGACCAGGCUGGAAUCCACUUAGAAGGCAGGCAAAGGACUAGAAAAGGAUUUUUCUCUUAAAAUAAUGGGUAAUAGAACAAUGAUAGGAAUGUCUAAGUAUCUAAGUUACAUAUCAUAAGACCCAAGGGAAGAAAGGGAUAAAGCGGUAAGCAGGAACAUGGUUGCAUACAUAUACAAACUGCCUGUGCUUAAUUUAAGAGCAGGUCAUCACAGGGUUUAGAAUAGUGACUGAUGCAACCAAGGAUCUGUUUGAUAGUGCACCAUGGGAGCAUUUAGUGGUUCCCACAAAAAUUAAUAAAUUUUAAGUAUCAUGUCCCAAACAAUUUCCCAUGUUUUUUAUUGACCCUAAUGGACUGAAUGUUUUAUGUUCCUUCAGUUUCAUUUUCAAAGCCCACAUUAUGCCAGUUCCUAAAAGACCAUUAGACCAUCCCCUUCCUCUCCAUCCCCUACUGUAGCCUUAGCCAGGGAUACAGCAUCUAGCUCACCUCUGGCCAACCCAGGAAAAAGAUGUUAACCCAGAAAAAUGGCAGAUCUACACAACAGAACACAACUAGGCUACACUGCUACAGAGUAUUUGUAAGUAAACACAAGGUCCAAAGCGUGCUGAGUCCGUUUAAUAAGUCUAACUCAUCAACCAGCCACUCGGAACCAGGAUAUCAGGGUUUUCUGGGGGCCAGGGGCCUUCUGGUAUGAUGACUCUUGAGCUUUCAUAGUUCAUGAACCACUUCACCAUAAUAAGAGAUUUCCCCAAACCACCCUCCCAUUCAGUCCCACUCAGCAUUAAGGGGUGGGAGGAAAGGAAGAUGAAAAAGAAACCUAAUAGCUACGUUCAAACGUCAAAUGAAUGGAAACAGAAGAAAGUAUUAAGAGUAUAUCAGAACUAGGAGAAAUUAAAGACUGCCUAAUUCAUUCUACAGCAUAGAAAGCUGAGGCCCAGAGAUAUUAAAUGAGUUGCUCAAGGACACGCAGUCGUGUAAUGACAGGGCUGGGACCAGAACAAAGAUCCCUUGGCUAUUAGUAUAAUGCUUUUUCCACCAUGCCCACUGCCCCUCAGAGCAAUGCCAUAAUUGGAGCCAUAGUCUUAUGUAAAUGUCAAUACCACUUGGACACAGCCCUUGGAAAUCACCUGACUGUACUAAUACAAACCAUAUCAUUUGGAAACCACUAUUGUCUAGGUAGAACCAGCUAUGGAAUGUCAAUUCUGUCAGAACAGUGAAUAGUUAAGUUUUUUCAGUCAAAUGUUCUCUCUUCUCAAUGAAGAGAAGGAUAGGACAAUGACAUUUCAAGCAUACCUUUCCUAGUCCUUCUGGUCUUUACUACAAUCUGUGAUGGUAGUAGGUAAAGUAACUAAAUUCCUACUUCAAAGAGAGGAAAAUAGGUGGAAAGCUGAGUGACUUAUCCAAGUUCAUGUAGCACAUUAGUGGCAGAACUAUGAUUGCAAUCCAGGACUUAGACAUCUUGUCCUGGGAUGUCUCCUCCACAUCAUAUUGCAUUGCUCUGAGGCUUGCUUUUAAUCCCUGGAUUUCAAGGGUGGUGAUCAGGGGGAGGAAGCAUUCCAUUCCGAACCACCCUGAACCAGGAUUUCCAGAAGCAAAGUCUGUUCUAUUUCUCCUUCAUCCUCUAUUUUAAUAACUAGUGCCAAGCUCAGGACUAACUGCAUAGACUCCCUUUCAAAAGACCAAUAGAUGGUCUCAAUGACAGUUGAACACAUUAGUUUACAGUCACACAGAAUUUGAGCAGAAAUCAAAGUGGACAGUUAAUGCUGAUCCAUAAUUAACAAAAAAGUAAACUCGUGGAUGUGCUGAGGACUUUAUCCAGUUUUCAAAGUAGGAUUCCUGCAGUUCAGGAUCAUGUCACUUAUUAGAAUGUAGGCAAGGAAAAUGUACAUUGAAACAUUAUGUACCUAGACUUUUUCCUUGUCUUUUUUAUUUUGCAGAAGUAGUAGUUGAAAUUGAGCUAACACUAUUAAUGAAUUUCAGUCAUCCAGGCUCCCUCUCUUCAAUUACCAGGUAACUAUAAGGCAGAAAGAUCACAAUGCUGUUAAUUUAAGGCAAUAUUAGUUUUCUUUCUAUACUGGUUGGCAUGGUAACCGUGACAAACUUUUAUUUUCCCUUUCUGAUUUUCCUAAUGAAAUCUCAUUACUUGCAAAGCUUUAACAAUGACUAGAUGAAGGAAAAACACUGUUACGACCCAUGACCCUUGGAGCCCAAAGAGCAUCAUGAAGAAAAUCAUUACAACUAAGAGAAAGUGGCUAUCAAAAAAAUGAAACAGCUUUAAAGAGGUUCCUUUUAAGUCUUGUUUUCUAUUCAGAAUGUUCUAUGUUUUUUCUCAUCAAGUGUGGGAUGACAUUUAUCUUAGCAGAUUACUUAACUACACUGGAUGAUGCCAUUCUAACCAGUGUAGGGCACUGAUCCAAGUCCUGGGGGCUCCUUGGACCAAUGGACUAUUUUACAAACCUGGGAGGUGGGAGGGAUGGUAUAUUUUUGAUAAUCAGACAUUCCAAUGUAGUGUUUUCCUUAGAGGUCACCCCCCCCAUUAAUGUUAUCGUGAAAAACAUCGUGUGUUCUUUUCUAUUUUCAUAUAAUAAAUGGGCUUUGCUUACCAACAUCAUAAUGGCAAAGAAGAAAUAUACUGUAUAAAACUGCAGGAAGAUAAACAUGUGAAAACUUUCUAUGAAAAAAAAAAACUCUUGAGUUUUCUGUCGUCUUCUUUUGAAACUGUAGUGCAUAUGUUAAAACAUGUAUAUCAUUUACAGUAUUGAGUCGUGUGCCACUGCUGUACCUGAUGUAUCCAAUCUGGAUUAAACAAAUUAUGUGCCACAAUCCCUAAAA